UUCAAGUUGGAAAGGACCAGAUGUGCGCUGGGUUUACGGUACCGAAGGAAGGCGAAAUAAUUGCUAUUUAACUUGCUGGGAGAAAUUAAUUGCAAAAACUUACAAAUGCACCGAAUCGGCGGUAAAAUGCACUUUCUGUUCAUUUUUGCACUGAUGAUAAUAUCUUUCAAUAAGGCUGUGCUGGGCAAGAAUUUGAAAUACAGGAUUUAUGAGGAGCAGAGGGUUGGAUCAGUAAUUGCAAGACUAUCGGAGGAUGUUGCUGAUGUUUUAUUAAAAAUGCCUAACCCUUCCUCGGUUCGUUUUCGAGCCAUGCAGAGGGGGAAUUCUCCCUUGCUUGUAGUCCGCGAGGAUAAUGGAGAAAUCAGCAUAGGAGCUAAAAUUGAUCGGGAACAACUGUGCCAGAAAAACUUAAACUGCUCCAUAGAGUUUGAUGUGAUCACUCUGCCCACUGAACAUCUGCAGCUUUUCCAUGUUGAAGUUGAAGUGCUGGAUAUUAAUGACAACUCUCCCCAGUUUUCCAGAGCUCUUAUCCCUAUCGAGAUAUCAGAGAGUGCAGCUGUAGGAACCCGGAUCCCUUUGGACAGUGCUUUUGAUCCAGAUGUGGGAGACAACUCCCUUCACACUUAUUCCCUUUCUGCGAAUGAUUUUUUUAGCAUUGAGGUGAGAACCAGGACUGAUGGUGCUAAAUAUGCAGAGCUGAUUGUGGUUAGAGAGCUGGACCGUGAGUUGAAGUCGAGUUACGAACUCCAGCUCACUGCCUCUGAUAAAGGGGUGCCUCAGAAGUCUGGAUCGUCCCUCCUGAAAAUCAGCAUUUCUGAUUCCAAUGACAACAGCCCUGUUUUUGAGCAACAGUCAUAUACAAUCCAGCUCUUGGAAAACUCACCCAUUGGGACUUUGCUGAUAGACCUCAAUGCUACUGAUCCAGAUGAGGGCGCCAAUGGGAAAGUUGUGUACUCCUUUAGCAGUCACGUGUCUGCCAAAAUUAUAGAGACUUUUAAGAUAGAUUCCGAAAAAGGUCAUCUGACCCUGCUGAAGCAAGUGGACUAUGAAGUAACCAAAUCCUAUGAAAUUGAUGUUCAGGCUCAGGAUAUGGGGCCAAAUUCUAUUCCGGCUCACUGCAAAAUUAUAAUUAAAGUUGUGGACGUGAAUGACAAUAGACCAGAAAUUAACUUAAACCUGAUGUCCACAGAGAGAGAAGAGAUAGCUUACAUUUCUGAAGGGUCACCCUUGGACACCUUUGUUGCCCUAGUCAGAGUGCAAGACAAGGACUCUGGUGUGAAUGGAGAGAUAGUUUGUAAGCUCCAUGGGCAUGGCCACUUUAAACUUCAAAAGACUUAUGAAAAUAACUAUUUAAUCUUGACUAAUGCCACUCUGGAUAGGGAAAAGAGAUCUGAAUACAGCUUGACUGUAAUAGCGGAGGACAAGGGAACGCCAAGUCUCUCCACAGUGAAACACUUUACUGUCCAAAUCAGUGAUGAAAAUGACAACCCACCCCGCUUCCAGACAAACAGAUAUGAAGUUGUUAUCUUGGAAAAUAACUCUCCAGGAGCAUACAUCACAUCAGUCACAGCCACAGACCCAGAUCUAGGCGACAAUGGGCAGGUGACGUACACUAUUUUGGAGAACUCUAUUUUGGGGAGUUCCAUAACCACCUACGUGACCAUCGAUCCCUCCAACGGGGCGAUCUAUGCCCUGCGAACCUUUGAUCACGAGGAAGUAAACCAAAUUGCCUUUGUGGUUCAAGCUAGGGAUGGAGGGAGCCAGCAGCUUGCUAGCAAUACCACUGUUGUGCUAACCAUCAUUGAUGAAAAUGACAACGCUCCUGUCAUUGUGGGGCCAGUGCUACACAACAGCACAGCAGAGAUCUCAAUCCCUAAAGAUGCUGGAAUUGGCUUUCUUGUCACCAGGAUAAGGGCUACGGAUAGAGACUCUGGUAUGAACUCUGAACUCAGCUGCUCCAUAGCAGCUGACAAGAAAAACAGCAUCUUCGUGAUGGAUCCCCAAACCUGUGACAUCUCUAUCAAUGUGAGUGUUGAAUCAGUUCCAGCAAAACAAUGGGAGUUUUUAGUGAUAGUCCAGGAUAAAGGCAGCCCUCAGCUUAGUACUAAAGCCCUUCUGAAAUGUACCGUUUUUGAGCACGUUUAUUCAUUUUCAAGCACAGAAGCAACUUUGGUAAGCCAACCCUCUCUGGACAUCUCCAUGAUAACAAUUAUAUCCCUAGGAUCAAUAUGUGCCGUGUUGUUGGUCAUUAUGGUUAUCUUUGCUACGAGAUGCAAUCGAGAGAAAAAGGACACCAGGUCUUACAACUGUCGCGUGGCGGAAUCGACCUACCAGCACCACCCAAAACGGCCCUCAAGACAGAUCCACAAAGGGGACAUCACAUUAGUGCCAACGGUUAAUGGCACUUUACCCAUCAGGUCUCACCACAGAGCUUCUCCAUCGUCAUCCCCGACCCUGGAGAGGGGACAAAUGAGCAGCCGACAGAGCCACCACAGCCACCAAUCGCUGAACAGCCUGGUGACCAUCUCCUCUAACCACGUACCUGAAAACUUCUCGCUGGAGCUCACCCAUGCCACGCCAGCUGUCGAGCAGGUUUCUCAGCUUCUCUCGAUGCUUCACCAGGGCCAAUAUCAGCCAAGGCCAAGUUUUCGAGGAAACAAGUAUUCCAGAAGCUACAGAUAUGCCCUACAAGAUAUGGAUAAAUUCAGCUUGAAAGACAGUGGCCGGGGUGAUAGUGAAGCUGGAGACAGUGAUUAUGAUUUGGGGAGAGAGUCUCCAAUUGACAGACUUCUUGGGGAAGGAUUCAGUGACCUUUUCCUUACAGAUGGAAGAAUUCCUGCAGCGAUGCGGCUGUGCACAGAGGAGUGCAGGGUCCUGGGGCACUCUGACCAGUGCUGGAUGCCACCACUGCCCUCUCCCUCCUCCGAUUACAGAAGUAAUAUGUUCAUCCCUGGGGAGGAGUUCCAGUCGCCCCAGCAGCAUCUGCAGCAGCAGCAGCAUCAGGGCCUCGAGGAUGAUGCCCAGGCUGCUGACGCCGGUGAGAAGAAGAAGAGCUUUUCAACAUUUGGGAAGGACUGCAAGAGUGAGGAGGAGUCAGGGGACACCUGUACCUCCUCCCUCCUCUCUGAAAUGAGCAGCGUCUUCCAGCGCCUGCUGCCUCCCUCCCUAGAUGCCUACACGGAGUGCGAUGAGAUGGAUCGCUCCAACUCGUUGGAGCGCAGGAAAGGACAUUUGCCAGCCAAGACUGUAAAUUAUCCACCGGCAGUGGCAGCCUGGGCAGCCAGCACACAUUUCCAAAACCCUGCCAACAACGGGCCCACUCUGGGGACUCACUCGGGCGCGCAGCCUUCCUCCAAGUGGCUGCCAGCCAUGGAGGAGAUCCCGGAGAAUUACGAGGAAGAUGAUUUUGACAACGUACUCAACCACCUCAGUGAUGGCAAACACGAACUCAUGGAUGCCAGUGAGCUGGUGGCAGAAAUUAACAAGCUGCUGCAAGAUGUCCGGCAGAACUAAUUGUUUCAAAAGCCUAUUUUUCCAUAUUUAUGGAAAACUGGAAGGGGAAAAAAAAAAAAAGAACAAAACAGAGACUGAGAAGAACUGGCAUUGCCAACUAGUUGCAUUUAUCAUAAAUGUGUCUGUGUAUGUUGAAUAUUAAAAUACUGUAUUUUCAUAUGUACACAAUGCAAGUGUGAUUAUCUUUAUCUGUAUUUUAAAAAUACAUUUGUACCUUAUAUUUAUGUGUAAUUUAACAAAUAAAUUUUAUUUUUGUACACCCACA